CGGAGCUCAGGAGGAGGAUGGCGGCGGUGGCUGCGGGACGGUGCGGGGGGAGGCGGCGGCUGCAGUUGGGGGCUCUGGGGCCCGGACGGGUGGGGGUGCGCGGGGGGCCCCGGUUCUGGGCUGCGGGGCCGGCGCUCGGGGAGGAGCGGGCUCAGGUGAAGAGUCUGCGGGAGAUGCCGGGGCCCCGCACCCUCACCAACCUGCGGGAGUUCUUCUGGAAGGACGGAUUCAGCCGCAUCCACGAGAUCCAGCAAAAGCACAUCCAGGAAUAUGGCCGAAUCUUCAAGUCUCACUUUGGCCCCCAGUUUGUGGUAUCGAUUGCAGACAGAGACAUGGUGGCCCAGGUUCUACGAGCGGAGAGAGACGCCCCCCAGAGGGCAAACAUGGAGUCCUGGCAGGAGUACAGGGACCUGAGGGGACGAUCAACCGGACUCAUAUCUGCAUCUCCUCUUUUCCCCCAGACCCAGCUGGCGCUCUGCCAUUAUUCCACCUCGUACGAUGAAGGCUACUUCCCGACGGCAGAAGAAUUCCAGCCCAGCCGCUGGUUACGGAACGGCCACCUGGACAGAGUCGAGAACUUUGGCUCCAUUCCCUUUGGCUACGGAAUCCGCAGCUGCAUCGGGAGGAGGGUGGCCGAGCUGGAGAUCCACCUGGCGCUCACACAGCUCCUCCAGAAAUUCCAGAUCAAGACUUCACCCAAGACGCAAAGUGUCCUUCCAAAAACCCACGGACUGCUGUGCCCGGCGGGCGCCAUCAAUGUGCGCUAUGUGGACCGUGAGUAGUGCCGUGCCCGAGGUGCCAUCUCCAGCCGCUGUUCCUGAACGGGCGCCGACCGGGAGAAUUUUUAGGUUUAAUCCGGAUUUAGUGAACGUUGGCGGCCGAGCGGUUAAUAUGAAGGAGAUUGUGACACAUGCUCCAAAACGCAACAAUCUACCUUGCACUUUCCUUGUACUGUACGGAGGAGACGGGGUAGAGAACACGACGGACGCAUUCCACCCCCCUCCCGGAUCAUCGGGCCCCGAUCCCUCUGCAUCCCAGGGCCACAUCAUGAUUGUAAUGAACAUUUUAACAUUGUUUUACCUGAAUCUUGUCAUUUUAGCCAUGUUCUAUGUGAAGUUUAGUCCUCGUCUCCUGAUUGUUCUCAUUUACUUUGUAUUUCCAUUCUCCAGCAGUUUCAGGAUCUCUGCUUGCUGUCACUGAUAGGAAUUGAUUUUCUGUACCAUCUCCCCUACAGAUCUCAUACAGCUGAGGGGUUGUUACAGAAUCUUCAGCCUCUCCUAAUUGUUACAAUGUAUCGGUCCGUUGCACUCACAGAGCAUUGUUAAAGGGGUACUCCACUGGAAAACUUUAUUUUAUUUUUAUUUUAUUUUUUUGUGCCAAAAAAGUUAGACUUGUAAAUUACUUCUAUAUAAAAAUCUUAAUUCUUCCAGUACUUCUCAGCUGCUGUA